AUGGCUACUGCUCGAUUACGGUCAUUUCUACAUACUAAACGCCAAGAAGAUACUCCCUCACAAUUUCCCAUCAAAAGAUCCACCAUUUCAUUCCCUUCAAGGCAGGCCUUCAAGGAGAACAAUAACAUCGACUGCCAAGCGAACAUUGACUCUGUGAAAAGAUCAACUACUCUCUCUCGUGUAAAGCGAUUCGGCUCUCUCUUAACCCGUAACAGCAGUGGUCGGUAUAAAAUCAGCACAUCUUUUAGAGAAGAGGAUACACUUACACCUUUCUCGCUUGACUUUGAUGCUUCAAUUCUUACCAAACCUUCUAGCAACAUAACAUCCAGGUCCUCCUCACAUAUUGUGACAAAUAGCAUAAAUAGUGAUGAUUCCGAAGAAGAAAACUUGAUUACACCUACACAGUCGACUACAUCAUUUUUCAGCAGUGGUUCGGAAAAGAUCUUGGUAAAUAAUGAGGAUGGCAAUGAAGGAGACACUUUUACAACGGAGAAGAUCAUUCAGAAACAAACUAAAUCCUUCUUUACACCAAUUGUUACUUUGACCAAAGCAGAGCAACAGCAAGUAUUUUGCGGCAUUUCCUCAGCAACAACCAAAAUUGAAAUAGAUCAGUCACUUAAGAGUUCUAUUAAAGAAACAUAUUUUGCUGCUGAAGUCGAAACGGAGGUAGUUAGAAUGCCAACAACAGUGCCGCAAUCUGUUUCUGAUCAUAACAUUGCAAUGUCUGAGGUAUCGCUGGUUCGAACCGAAUUACAGCUUGCUUUUGAAAUGAUCGAUAAAAAACUCGAGGAAGAGCUCGAUUCCCGGCAUUCACAAAUGUCUCGAAAUAUCUAUGCCAAGCCUAUUUAUACCUUCUAA